AUGACGGCGACCUGCGGCGACAACGAUAGCGACGACAUGAACCCAGCAUUACACCAUCACCAUCCCUUCGACCAUCAUGAUGGUCUUGCCGACUAUUCUCGCUCAUGGCUAUCGUCGUCUGCACUUCUUGGAAAAGACGAUCAUCACACGUUGAACAUCUUUUCCGCAGCUUCGAACGCCUUUGGGCGCACAGCCAGCAUGGCUAGUAUCGUCUCCUCAUGCGCCCUUCGAUUGUUACCUCAUCUAUAUGCCUGGUGCCAACAUCACGACGGCCUUGCCGACUUUGCCCACUCAUGGCUAUCGUUCUUUGCCUUGCUUAAGAGGAUUGUUCAUCACACGUUGAACAUCCUUCUUAGAGCUCUGAACGCCCGUGAGGGUACGUACAGCAUGGCUAUUGUUGCUCCCCUAUACGUUUACCACUUGUCGCUUUGCACAGGCAUCUGGUUUCUAUAUCGGGAUGGCUUUACUGGCUUUGCCGACAUCGCUUGCUCAAGCUCAUCGUUCUUUGCGCUACUCGGGAAGAUGUUGCAUCACACGUUGAUCAUCUUAUUCGAGACCCUGAACAUACAUGAGCUUGCAAAAGGCAUCAUCGGUGUCAUCUCUUCACGCAGUGCCAACGCCAAAACUGGUGUGGCUAUCGUCUAUGCAAGCAGCAACCUUUCAACGAACGACCAUUCCAUCAACAAGGUAUCGGCUUCGAAGGCGGCGACAAACAAUCCCCCACCACGUCCUGCACCGAAGCGCUAUCCAACUGCUUCACACCAGAGCAAUAUUAAGAAGCUGAACAAUCCGCCUCCCCAUCCCCAACCAAAGCUCUACCCGACUGGACCACACCAGAGCAGCGUCAAGAGACCGAACACCCCGCCUCCACGUCCGCAACCGAAGCCCUACCCGACUGGGCCACACCAGACCUGA